CUGAAUUACCCAUUUUUACAGCGGCAUUAUAAUUAGUGCAAUUUUAUAUUUGAUUAGUUUUCAGUUAUCGACGAUUGAGUAUCGGGGACUCCCAUACGAAACUUGCUAACGAAAUAAUAAUACUGGAAUUAUCGAAAAAUUUGUUAACCAAGUUUUCUAUUCUAAUUGUAUAAAAAAAUAAUUUUUCUUCGAAACGAUUAAUCAAUGACAUUACGAAGUAUGAAGAAGAUUUUUAUAUAAAUUCAGAGUUAUCGGCGAUUCUACUUCAAUAUUAAGUAAUCAGCUAUCUUGAAGCCGUCUAAUUACAACCACUGUAACCAUGUAUCAGAAGACACGGGUUUAUCCACUCGCAAUAUUACUCAAAACUCUGUUAGUCACUUUGGCAGUUGCCAGAGUAAGCGGCACUUUCAAAAAGAAUCCAUUUCUGCCACCCGCCCCGCAACAGCCUUCAUAUUAUCAUCCAGCGCCGGCUUCGCCACCAGUUGUUUAUCACCCAGCGCCUGCACCGCCCCCAGUGGUUUACCACCCAGCGCCAGCGCCACCACCACAGCAGAGGCCGCCUCAAAUCAUCAUAGUACCUGUGCAAACGUAUCCCGCAUAUCCAGCGCCACGACCGGCACCUGUUCAUCCCGCCCCGCCGCCACCGCGUCCAGUACAUCCACCACCACGUCCAGUACACCCACCACCACAACCAAUACAUCCAGCACCAGUCUAUACACAACCUGCACCACCAACGAAAGUGAUCCAACCAACUUUGGUUAUACAGCCAAUUCUAUAUCCUGGUGGCAGCGGCGGCGGUGGUUCUGGUAAAGGCGGUGGAGGAAGAGGUGGUAAAGGAUGCAACUGUCAUGGCAAGUAAAAAAGGUGAACCAGAUGUUCAAAAUAAUAGUAACACAUUUAAAAGUAAACUUAAAGGUGCAUAAAUAAAUCGUAGACAUUACAAUUGCAAAUUUGUUUCAAUUUUUCAAAAUCUACAACCGGAUGUAGAUUUUGGUCGGAAGAAAGUCAGUUAAAUAUCUUCUGGCUUUCAAAUUAAAAAAAUUGUCAUUUCCCAAUAAAAGACUGUGCCAGCUUCGAAUGAGUUGAGUACGAAAUAUAUGAGUAUUUAUAUCAUAUGAUACGAAGAAAAGGAUUCAGGAAGUCCUUUAUAUAUUUGAGAUAUAGAAAAUAUUUCGACAUUGAGGU